AUGGCCUCCCCAACCGUCAACACUUACAACACCCCCUCUUUCCCACCACCACCACCACCAUCUCGCCCUUCUUCAAACCCGCCUCCGCCGGCGGCAACCCCUCCACCGCAUCCCAAAUCGCCACCGCCGUCGCCGUCGCGGCCCCACCCCUUCACUCCGCCGCCACCUGACGUGCACCCACCACCGCAUCCCCACCCCAUCGCCCCGCCACCGCCGCACCCGUUGCCGCCUCCGCCGGGGCCCGACCACCACCCGACGAUCAUCGUCAUCGUGUUCAUCUCGUGCGGGGGGCUCCUGUUCUUUGCGUUCAUGGUGGCGGCUCUCUUCUGCUGGAUGAAAAAGAAGAAGAAGACGGAGCAAAAGGCCAAGUUGAUCCAUUUCGAGGAGCACAGGAAGGUGAAGGAGACCAUUGUUGAAGGUCCUCAUGGCACGGAAGCCAUAGUGCUCUCUGUAGAAGACGAUGUGGUCUUUGAUGAAGAGAUUAAGAAGAGUGAAAAGAUGGAGAAGGGUUUGCAUGCCAAGAGUGAUAAUGAGGAUUCGAGCUUCAUCGAGAUCGAAAGAGCUUCGUCUGAUCCGUCUGACCAUCACCGCGGCCGUCAAGACCACCCCGCAGGGCACAAGGGAUAA